CAUAUAUUAAAACCUACAAAUAUUUACAAAAAACAUAAUCUUGUAUCUACUCAAUAUAUAAAACAUAAUAAUGAAACAAAUCUUAAUGAAUGCACUGCUACACAAAAUUCUAUAAUUACCCGAGGAAAGAAUGUUACAACACCCACAAUUCCACUAAUUACAUCCACGCCACAAUCCAUUAAUCCUGAUGUGUCUAUAGAAGAUAAAUAUUUAAAUAGAAAAAGUAACGAUUGUCAUUCUCUGCAGAAUUACAUGGAUAUUAAUAGAGCUUCCACAGAUAAAAAAGUACAUUUUUCUUGUAUUUCGGAAUUGAAUCAAGAAAAUAAUUCGACUGAUACAAAAAAUAAGUGGAAUAUGGGAGAAGUACAUAUUACUUGUAAUCCACUUUCAACACCAUAUCCAUAUUCCACACCCCAUCAUAAUAUUAUAAGUGAAACUGUAACAGAAUCGCUAGAUGAUGAACCAAAAAGUCGAAGUUGCGGAAAUUUUUUGCCAAUUUUAUCAUUGAUUCCACAAACAGUAAUCAGCUUUCAAUAUUUAAGCCCGAAAAUGAAAUUUUCAUGGUGGAGAAACAAAAUCUCGUGAAGGUACGCUUAAGUAGACCAUUUAGCGCAAUUGUUGCUAGUGGUCUUAUAGCACAAUUAAAUGCUAUUUGGUCAAGCUCUAUGAAAACCUCUUACCUCGUAGUUAGUUUCCAAUCUUCAUCAAUUAGAGGUAUCCUAUCAUCGCUAUACUUAAAUGUCAGCCUAUACCUCUUUAUUAUUAUAAAUAAAAAAAUCAUACUGAAAGAAUGCAUGCAGAUAGAUUUUAAAAGCAUAAAUAGUUCUUUCAUUCUAUGGAAACGUUUUGCACAAUGUACAACAAUUUUGAAUUCUUUCAAAACAAUAUUGUACAUUACGUUUCUAUUGGAUCCUCUAGUCCAUGAAGUUUUUCCUACAUUUAUUAAUUUAUAGGUAGAAUAAAACAUAAAGUAUAUUUGUUCCAUGUGAAAAAUUCUCUUAUAAGGUCUAAUUAAUCAAUAUUUCUUGUAGAAAUUCAUUUUAGAAAAAUCGAAAUAGAUCAUACUACAAUAUUACAGAAUUUAAUUUCAAAUGAGAUAUGUUAGUAAUAUCGGAAUUUUCUUAAAUUUAUUUUUAUUAU